AUGCGCGGCAGAGGCAAAGUGCUGGCGUCUCGGAGUUAUGGCUGCGAAGAGCUUCGCUUCCCGUCUCAGGGGCUCGCGGCGGUUUCUGAAUGGCUUCCUGGCCGGGGCUGUGGUGGGCGCCGCGGGAGCUGGGCUGACGGCGCUGCAGUUCCUCCGGAGCCGGGACGCGGGAUCCCCGCACGGUGCAGCACAGUACCUGGUACAGAAUUGGCCUUCAAAUCUGCAGAAAAAAUAGUCUUGGAACAGUUUGGAUUUCCUUUAACUGGAACAGAGACCAGGCGUUAUACUAAUCAUGCCUUGUCUUAUGACCAGGCAAAACGGGUGCCCAGAUGGGUUCUUGAACAUAUAUCCAAGGACAAGAUCAUAGGUGACGCGGACAGAAAACAUUGUAAAUUCAAGCCUGAUCCCAGUGUCCCUUCAACCUUCAGUGCCCUCAAUGAGGACUAUGUUGGAAGUGGCUGGUCACGAGGACAUAUGGCCCCAGCAGGAAAUAACAAGUUUUCCAGUAAAGCCAUGGCAGAAACCUUUUACCUUUCUAACAUCGUGCCUCAGAAUUUCGACAAUAACUCUGGCUAUUGGAAUAGAAUAGAAAUGUAUUGUCGUGAGCUGACGGAGAGAUUUGAAGAUGUUUGGAUAGUAUCAGGACCAUUAACCUUACCUCAUACUAGAAGUGAUGGAAAGAAAACAGUUAGUUACCAGGUGAUCGGUGAGGACAACGUGGCAGUCCCCUCACACCUUUACAAGGUGAUUCUGGCUCGCAGAAGCCCAGAAUCUACUGAACCACUGGCACUGGGAGCCUUUGUGGUGCCAAACACAGCCAUUGGGUUCCAGUCCCAGUUAACUGAGUUCCAGGUGAGCCUCCAGGACCUAGAAAAGAUGUCAGGUCUGGUGUUUUUCCCCCAUUUGGACAGAACCAGCAACAUCCGGAAUAUUUGCUCUGUGGACACCUGUAAGCUCCUAGGUUUCCAGGAGUUCACUCUGUACCUGAGCACCAGGAAGAUCGACGGAGCCCGUUCUGUGGCCAGACUGGAGAAGGUCCUGGAAACUUUGAAGAGCUCGGGGGUGGAACCUGACGAUUACUUCCUGAGUCGCUAUGGGAAGAAGCUAGAGGAACUGAAAGCUAAGGAGCAGGCGGACACACAGCUGGGAAAGCUGUCCUAGUGCGGGCGGGUGUGCGCUGUCGCCCGUGGUGAACAGGCGCAGGCACGCCUCUCCAGGAGGUUGUAUCUUAGCUGAUUGGUUUUCUUUUUUUCUUUUUUUGUUUUUGUUUUUGGUUUUUUUGAGACAGGAUUUCUCUGUGUAGUUUUGGUGUCUGUCCUGGAUCUCCCUCUGGCUGGCCUCGAACUCACAGAGAUCCAUCUGGCUCUGCCUCCUGAGUGCUGGGAUUAAAGGCGUACGCCACCAUUGCCCGGCUACAGAUUUUCAAGAAAUGAUGGAAUCCUGACUAAAAAUCCCUCCAGAGACUCAUUAGCUCAAAACUCAGUGUUGUUUUCUUUCACUAGGCUCUGCGUUGGUGGAGGUGGUUUUAGAGCCCCUCUCUGAGUGUGUCCAGAUACACUGUGUGGUUUACUUCUUGCUUCUCCUCUCAUGACCCUGGUGUCCGUCCUUCUGUCUGUGUUGAAGCUUUUCCCAGUGUGCUCUGUAUGCCAUGCUUUGCCUGCGUUGUCUGACAGCGAGCCUCUGUGCAAACCCACUCUCCCAUUUUACAUGUGGGGAAGUUGAGGCUUAGAGAACUUUGUGUCUUCCCCAUUGGUAGUCUACAGAAGUCAUCCAGCGCACCUCAGCGUUAAGACGAGGUUAGAUGGGGUUUGACUCAAGUAUAUACCUCUAUCUGGGGGUAUUCCUGGUCCUAGGGUCUGCUUGCUGAGAAGGGUCUCUGUGCUGUCUCCUCAGGCAGACGCUUCGAUGCCAGCCUUGGGAAGGAUAGAGCAAAGAUGGAGGUUCUCUGUAGGUUUGACCAGAGCCUGGGGUUCCCUCCAGGGAUCACACGGGAUGGGACAGGUGUGUUUCUUCCUUCGCUGGGGGCCUUCUAAAGGAGCCCAGGAAAGGUGUGUACCGAGAGUACUGCCGGGCCAGCACACCACAGGUAGGGAGAGCCUGGGCCAAGGUCCAAACCAGCUCACUCCUGUGCCAAGAGCAGCUGUCUUCUGGCUUCCUGUGCUGCUCUUUGGCUGUGGCUUCCAGAGUCUUGAGCUGUCCUAAGUAUAGCCAGUCCAGUAGCCUCCAGGCAGAAGGUCUUGUCUCAAUCUGUCACUCUGCUACUGUCUUUCAAGCAGCGGUAUGAGGGCAAUCUUUGAGGCCUUGUGUUUGCCUCUGAUAGAAAUGCCGUGGCUUUACAAUAAAGAUAAGGCAGUGGUUGACCCUGCUCUGCUCCUUCAUUUGAGUAAAAAGAAAAAGUUGGGUCGGGCACAGUAGCUGAUUAAUGCCAUUCUGUUUUAUCUUACCGUUCCCCAUUAGCUGGUGCCAGCCCUUCUAAGGAUAGAAAGCCAAAAUGUCACUGUGACCAAAAAAAUCGGUUACUUUCUCUCCUCAGAGAGGUGAUGGUGGGGCCUGGCUGUUUCUCCAGGAGCCCUAGGAGGCGUGGGGGCCUGGAUGGGCUGUGUCCUAGGCCCCUCCCCCAUGGCCGUGCUCAUUCUUUUGUGCUGGCCUGACUUGCUGGUGGCCGUGGAGGUACCCCCUGACCCCUGCCUCUCCUCCCAGAUGGUGAAGAAUCUUGACUGUAUCAGUAAGUUAAUGUAUCUUGGGAUUAUAUUUCCUAUGAAAUAUUUCCUGGUCAUCAUAAAAAACAGAGAUAAGAACAUAACAAAAACACAGUAUGCCAGACCUCAUUUUGUUUUUCUUUGGGAUCUUUAUAUGAGUGUUUUGCUUGUAUGCAUCUGUGCCCACAGCGUGAGUGCCUUUGCCCACAGUGGUUAGAAGAGGUCAUAGGAUCCCCUGGAAAUGGAAUUACAGAUGGUCCUGAGCCGCCAUGUCAAUGCUGGGAAUUGAAUCGGGGUCCUCUGCAAGAGCAGCCAGUACUCUUAAGCACUGAUCUCAUUUUUUAUGUGUAAAAUUUAUAUUGAUGUACAACAGUGGUGUUUGAAUUGUUGUGUGGACAUUUUCAUUAAGAGUGCCCAAAACAAAGGUUUAGAAUUUCCCUCUGGGUAGGGUCACUCUGGCCCCCUUGAUUUUUCUGGAUUCUAGUGCAGUAGAUCCCUGGGCCUCACGUGAGUCAGAGACAUAAUGUUGUGACCCGCCAAACCUGAGUGGUUCACUGUCCCCUUGUUACCUUGGUGGGUUCCCUCAGGCUCACAGGCUGAGCCUGGACCACUGCCCUCUGUACCAUUUACCCUUCUAGUUCCCGGUCUGAAGGUGCGGCCAGGCUGGGAGGGCUCUCCUGGGGGAAGUCUCUUUGGGUAGGGGAUUUAAUCCUUAGUCUGUCUCAACUUCCAGUGACAUCUUCAGACUCUGGUCUCUGGACUGAGGCUGUUGGCCCGAGUUGAACACAGCAAAGGCCUUACUGAGUUAGGAAGGUUAGGGAAAGGGAUGCCAGCCCUGAACUACACACGCGCACACACACACAGUGCAGCUGUUUCUGCACCUACAUCUGAACAGUAGAGACCUCUGUCCUCCUCCUAGGCCUUUGAUUAGAGCCUGGCAGGAGAGGCAGCCUGAUCCUGAGGGAGCGGCUUCCUGCAGAGCUUGCAGCCCGACACUAGAGUGAUCGACAGUGUUGCCAUGUCACGUGUGUCCCCUGCCUGUCCCACUCCGUUUAUCGCAGACUUCAUGCUAACAGCCUGUUAUGGCGGGGAUCUAACAUGCGUCCCAUCAGCACAUCCCCAACCUGGGCAGUUAGAGGUAGUCAGUAGAGGUGGGCUUUGAAAGCUGUACCCCACUUGGGUCUGGCUGUGUACUUUGCUUCCUGCUACCAUGUGGACACGCUCCACCUCAUGAUCCUGCCUCGCAGACAGCCGUCCUGCUGCCGUGCCUUCUGGGCCAUGGUGGACUGAAGUCCCUGCAGGCGUGAGUUCAGAGAAACCCGUCCUGGAGUCGCUUCUGCCGGGUGACUUGUCACAGUGACAGACGCGACACUCGGCCUACCCUAACCCUGAACCCGCUCGCUGCGGCUCUCCUUCCUGCUUGGCCCCCAGCCCUUGGCCUUUUCUUUCCUGUGAGCCUUUCCAGUACACCUCUAUCUUUAGGCCCCCAGAGCCGCCUCACCGGUUUGCCCUGGUGGGGCUGGCCUCACACUGGGGUGGAUCUGCAUUCAGCCUCACUUUGAGAAAGCAGUCAAGUUACCAGAAAAGACCAAGCAGGGGGCUUUGUUUGCCUUUGGUCCUGAACCCCAUGUAAUUGGGGACAAUGGGAUUGGUUAUGGACAUUGCCAAUGUGGAGCUAGGAUUUCUCUGGUCUGAGUGUCCAGAGUACCUCUAGGGGUCAGUAUGGCCUCCUCUUCACAAGGGUCAGCUAGGCUGGGCUGUGACAGCAGCUGCAGUGGCUGCUCAAAGCCUCACAGAAUGCCUUACAUGCCGGCCUCCGCCCUGAGGCUGCCAGGAGAGCGGCGGUUGCCUCCUCCAGCAGGCCUCGGGUUUUUACUCCACGGUGAUCUCGUACCUUUAUCUCUCUCAACUGUGUGUUCAGAAGUUUCAGGCUUCAGAGUGUUGGAGAGCGCAGUGAUUGGUCCUCCCAGUGUUUUGUCUCAAUGGCUCCUCUGUUGGUUGUUUUUUCUUUUGGGGGGCCCGCCACCCAGCUCCCAGAUAAAUCACACAUGGAGGCUUAUUCUUACUUAUGAAUGCCUGGCCUUAGCUGGGCUUAGUUUCUAGUCAGUUUUACUUAAAUUAUCCCUUCUGCUACCUUUAGCCUCUGGGCUUUCCCAUUCUCUUACUUCCAUAAAUCUUACUCUUACUCCGUGGCUUGCUGUGUAGCUGAGUGGCUGGCCCCCGAUCAUCAUCAUCAUCAUCAUCAUCAUCUCCAUCUCCUCCUCCUCCUCUUCCUCCUUUCCUCCCAGAUUUCUCCUUCUAUAUAUUCUCUCUGCCUGCCAGCCCCACCUAUCCUUUCUCCUGCCUCAUGAUUGGCUGUUCAGCUCUUUAUUAGGUGUUUUAGACAGGCACAGUAGCACAGCUUCACAGAGUUAAACCAAUGCGACAUCAACAAAAGUAACACAGCUUAAAAUAGUAUUCCCCAACAUCUCUCCACCUGUAGCCUUUAAAAUUAAUUUGUUGUCCCUCUGAAAAAGUUGAGGCACAACAAGUUACUGUUUAAUACCUGAACUUAAUGUAGCCUAUGAUUAAGGACAUUCCUCUAUAUUUCUGAAAUAUGUUAUUAAAUCUAAGAAAAUUACCAAAAUUUCUGCCAGGUUUGGUACAUGUCUAAAUCCCAGCAAUUAGGAGGGAGAGGCAAGAGGGCCGUGGCAGCCUGGCUACAGAAGAUCCUGUUUGAAAAAGGAAAGUUUAUCAAGAAUCCAUUUUAGUAGUCCCUAUUAAAAUUUGCCAAGUUAUCCAAAAUACCGUUUAUACUUUUAAAUACAUAGGCUUCAAUUUUAAGCUCCAUGUUGAAUUUUAUUGAUCUAGAUCAAUUAAUCUCAACAUGUGGGUCAUGACCUCUUUGGGGGGGUCAAACCACCCUUUCACAGGGGUCUCAGACCAUUGGAAAACACAGAUAUUUACAUUACAGUUCAUAACAGUAGCAAUUUUUUUUUCCCGUUCUUCAAAGACAGGGUUUCUCUGUGUAUAGCCAUUGGCUGUAGAUGAGGCUGGCCUUGAACUCACAGAGAUCCUACCUCAGUUUCCUGAGUGCUGGGAUUAAAGGCAUGUGCCACCACUGCCUGGCUAACGGUAGCAAAAUUACAAUUAUGAAGUAGCAACGAAAAUAAUUUUAUGGUUGGAGUCACCACAACAUGAGGAACUGCAUUAAAGGGUUGAAGCGUUAGGGAGGUUGAGAACCACUGUUCUAGAGCAAUUAUCCACUUGAUUUAAAUAUGUAUAUGGAUUUUUCAACUGCUCCCUUGAGAUUUUGAUUCAGGAGAUCUGUUAGGAGGCUGGAAUUUGCAUUAUUAAGAAGUUAUUUUAUAUGUAUGGAUGUUUUGCUUGCAUGUAUGUCUGUGUAUCAUGUGCAUCCCUAGUGCCCAAGUAGGCCAGAAGAGGUCAGACCCUUGGGACUGGAGCUAUAGAUGGAUGGUUGUGAGCUGCCAUGUGGGUGCUGGGAAUCGAACUUAGAUUCUUUGGAAGAGCAACCAGUGCUCUUAACCACUGAGUCAUCUCUCCAGCCCCGAUUUUCAUUUUUUGAUUUAAAACAUGUGUGUAUGUGUGCACGCCGUGCCCUUGAGGCCAUGGGUGUGAGGAUGUGCACAGUGUAUGUGGCGAUGAGGACCUCAGCUGUCAGCUGUCAGUCCUUACCGUCUGCCUUGUUUGAGGCAGUCUCCCGUUGAGUGCUGUGCACACCAGGCUAGGCGGCUCGUAAGCUUCCGAGGUUCUGGCUCUGCACCCCCAUUUCGCCUUAGGAGUGUUGUGUGAUUACAGACAUAUCUGGCCCUACCUGUGUUGGGGAAUUGGCACUUGGGUCUUCACACUUGUGGAAUUGAUGGCUUACCCAAUGAACUGUCUCCCCAGCCCUGGAAUAUGUAAUUUAAAAAGAAGAAUGGUGCGUGGAAACAUCUUCCAAAUGUGAAGAUAAUUUUCUCUGUUGAAGAGAACUUUGUCCUUUUUUCUCUUGGGUUAUUGCAUAUUUUUUUGGAGGGGGGGUACUACAUAUGCAUAUGUCCUAGGUUUCUUUUUGAUAUUUCUCUUCGUAUUAGAGAAACUGUUAAGCUUAAUAAAAUUUGGUUGUUUUAUGAUUUGUUUUUAAAAAAGAAGAACAAUGGUGAUUGUGAUGAGCAGCCAUGCUGUUCCCUCUAUGCCCUCACCUUCCUGCUGAUGCUGGUUUCUGCCUGAGGGUGUUUCAAGAGAGGAAAUUCGUAGACACUGGGGCCCCUGACUUACAUGUUCUUGUACAGGGCCCUUCACAGUACAACACUCAGGAAGUGCUGCAUGGAGUCCAGGGAGUGGCUGACCCCUAAGCAUGUUCCAGUUUUCUCACCGUGUGUUGGUCUUUCAGUUGAUGCGCCGUCCAGUCAGUGUGUCGCUGUGUGUUUGGAUUGUCAGUCUGUGGGUCACAAAGGGGAAUCUUGUUUUUUUUUGGAGACAGGGUUUCUCUGUGUAGCCUUGGCUAUGCUACAACUCACUCUGUAGACCAGGCUGGCCUCGAACUCAGAGAGAUUCGUGCACUUCUGCCUCCCGAGUGCUGGGAUUAAAGGCGUGCACCACCACCACCACCACCGCCUGGCUACAAAGGGGAAUCUUAUGUAUGUCAACUGUUAAGGUUUCCUUGUUGCAGUUUCUACCCAUCUCAGACAAGUUCACAUCCAUGAUGGUUCGGAUUUAUUUAGCCAACUGACUUGUUAGCUGUGCCUCUCAGCUCUGACAUUGCAGACUGAAUAAACAGGCUUUCUGUG